GAAACACUGUAGACAGAGCAAGAUCUGAGCUGAGACUCUCAACUGAAGAAGAAGGCGAUCUGUGUAUAAGCACUCGCAAAGAGACCGAUUCAACUCUCUCUCUCUCUAGAGCUGUAGCUUAAAAAGUUUUUUAUUGAUUCACUUUUCAGAUUUGAGCUCUGUGAUACUCUCAGAAUACUGCACGGGAGUAGAUUUGAGCUUUAAGAGCGAUUAAUUUGGAAUGCUGAAGUGUAUUUCUUUUAAUGAAGCUGAAUUUCAUGGUGAAUUUAUUAGUGGCAAAGCUAAAAUCCCUAUGCUUUUCUGGGUUUCCGCAUAAACCCCUAAAAGAUUGAUUGAACCUCAUUGGAAGGAGAUAGAAUAUUCGAUUAACUUCUUCGGUGCAUGCGCCUUGGAGAAAGAAUUUCAAUAGAAGAAUGGGAAAACUAUAUCUUAGUUGAAGUUUUAGGAAGAAAAAGAACAAAUCAAUGGAAGAUUGGUCUAAAUAUGCCCAUAGUCCUGCUCACUUGGCAGUUGCACGCCGUGACUACGCUGCCCUCAAACGGAUUAUAUCUGCCCUCCCCCGGCUGGCCAAGGCUGGUGAGGUCAAUACAGAGGAGGAGUCUGUCGCCACUGAGCUCCAGGCUGAUGCUGUGUCAGGAGUAAUUGAUCGGCGGGAUGUUCCUGGCCGGGAAACCCCUCUGCACCUUGCAGUGCGCCUCAGGGAUCCAAUCUCUGCCGAGAUUUUGAUGGCGGCAGGGGCGGAUUGGAGUCUUCAGAAUGAGCAUGGAUGGAGUGCUCUCCAAGAGGCAGUUUGUACUCGAGAAGAAAAUAUUGCUAUGAUCAUUGCCCGGCACUACCAGCCCCUUGCUUGGGCUAAAUGGUGCCGUCGGCUUCCUCGAAUUGUUGCCUCUGCUGCUCGAAUUCGUGAUUUUUACAUGGAGAUAACUUUUCAUUUUGAGAGCUCAGUGAUUCCAUUUAUUGGUCGGAUUGCCCCUUCGGAUACAUACAGGAUUUGGAAACGUGGGUCCAAUCUCCGUGCUGAUAUGACCCUUGCAGGUUUUGAUGGGUUCCGCAUUCAGCGAUCAGAUCAAACUUUUCUCUUUCUUGGAGAGGGAUACACAUCGGAAGAUGGGAAUAUAUCUUUACCUCCUGGUGCUUUGAUUGUGCUUUCUCAUAAGGAGAAAGAGAUCACUAAUGCUUUGGAGGGAGCUGGUGCUCAACCAUCAGAAGCCGAAGUGGCCCAUGAAGUGGCUAUGAUGUCUCAAACUAAUAUGUAUAGGCCGGGAAUCGAUGUGACUGAGGCUGAGCUUCUUCCCCAUUUAAAUUGGAGGCGGCAGGAGAGGACUGAGAUGGUUGGACCCUGGAAGGCCAAGGUUUAUGAUAUGCUUCAUGUUAUGGUGAGUGUGAAGUCAAGGCGGGUUCCUGGUGCUAUGACUGAUGAAGAGCUUUUUUCAGUGAAUGAUGAUGAAAGGAUUGUUAAUGGGGGUGAACAGGAUGAGUAUGAUGAUGUAUUAACAUCGGAGGAGAGAAUGCAGUUAGAUUCUGCGUUUCGCAUGGGGAAUUCAGAUGGCCAUUGUGAGGAUGAGGAACCUGAGGUUCAGGAUUCCCAUGAAAAUGGUGAUGGGGCUUCAUUUGAAAGCUGUGAAUCUAAUGGUGUUAUGAAGGAGAAGAAGAGUUGGUUUGGUUGGAAUAAGAAAGGUUCAAAGAAAGAAGGUGAUGAUCCUGAGGAUUCAAAGAUUCUUAAGAAAUUCUCAAAGUUGGCUCCUGAGGGGAGCAACCAGAGACACAAUGAUAGUCAAAGAUCCUCAUCCGAAUUUCCCAGGGAGGAUAUGGGGGAUCUUAAAAAGUGCAAAGAUAAAAGCAGCAAGAAGAAAAAGAAAAAAGGGGCCAUAAGUGAGUCUAAGCAUGAAAGUGAGUAUAAAAAAGGCUUAAGACCUGUUUUGUGGUUGACACCAGAUUUUCCUUUGAAAACGGAAGAACUCUUGCCUUUACUUGACAUUUUAGCCAACAAGGUAAAAGCUAUUAGGAGACUGAGGGAGCUCUUAACUACUAAGCUACCUCCUGGCACAUUUCCUGCCAAGGUAUUCUUUUAUAUGUUUUUGACUUUCAAUUUUGAUUGUUUGAAAUUUGAUGCCUUUCCUCCUCCCCUCCCCCCUCCUUUAUAG